AUGGUGCCAUCACCUAUGAACUUGGAGGACUAUGCUGUGAGGAACUCUCCAGUAAAUCAAUCUUCCAAGAGAUUGAAAAUUGGCACUGAAGAUCUGUCUCAAUUUCAACCAGGUGCUAUCAUCAAGCUGCGAUUAGAAAACUUUGUCACGUAUGCACUUACUGAGUUUCAUUUAUCCCCUUCUCUUAACAUGAUUAUUGGUCCAAAUGGUAGCGGGAAAUCUACUUUUGUUUGUGCCGUUUGUCUCGGUUUGGCUGGCAAGCCUGAGUACAUCGGACGAAGUAAGAAGAUAGAAGAUUUCAUUAAAAAUGGUGAAGAACGAGGUCUAAUCGAAAUAACACUUAAACGUGAUGAGGCUGAUAACGAUGAAUUUGUCAGUUCGGAUCAUACGACCAAGAUUACGCGGAUUCUUUUGAGGAGCAGACGAAGAUCAGACUAUUUGAUUAAUGAUGUUCCUGUAUCUGAACACAUGGUCAAGAGACUCAUCUCACAACUCAAUAUUCAACUAGAUAAUCUUUGCCAAUUUUUAUCACAAGAAAGGGUUGAAGAGUUUGCUCGUUUGAAAUCUGACAAACUUUUGAUCGAGACAGCUCGAUCAGUAGACUUGGAUUUGGUUAAAGUUUUUGAAGAGUUAAAACAGCUGCAGGAAGAGGUGAUUUCAGAGACAAAGGAGGUGGAAAUAAAGGAAAAGCGACGACAGGAGCUGUCUGCCACGAAAGAGCAACUAGAGGCGUCGGUUCGUGCUUUUGAAGAGUUCAAAAAGAAGAAGAUAGAACUAGAUAAGCAUACUAAACUGUUACCUUAUGUGAGGAUAAAAGAUCAUAAGGCAAAGAUAAAGGGAUUUAAGAAGAACUAUGAGGAUAAAAGAAGUCAAUUAAAGUCGUUACUAUCUGAUAAGAAACCUUUCAAUGAAACAGUUAAACAAUUAGAAUCCGUGGCAGACGUGAAGCUAAAUGAAAAGCGUCAGCUGGAAAGUGAUAUAAAGGAAAAGAAGGUGAAAUUUCAGUCAGUGGUGGAGAAAUUAAGUCAAUAUAGGGACGAUAUCAAGAAUAAGCGUGGACAGAUGUCAUACUAUGAAAGUCGAACGGCAAAGAUCAAGGAACUUAUAGAUAGUACUUCACGCCAAUUGGAAAGUGAACGCAACAAUCUUUCCUCAAUUUCGAUCCCCAGUGAUGAUGAGUUCAUUGAGAUUGACAAGCGGAGGUCAGAGGUAAGUAAUAAAAUGAUAGAAGCACAAAGUGAAAUUAGGGAUCUACAGGCCUCCUUAGAUUCCUCUAAUUAUCAGGUUCACGCUCUUAAAUCGCACAUUCAGAACAGGGUUAAAAGUCUCAGCUCAACAGAUAGAAUUGGGGUGCUUGAUGGAAAGGGCUUCAAAUUCGAACAAGUGAAAAAUGCAGUUUUGUACAUAAGAAGCAAACCAGAUAUGAAGGGCCAGGUUUUCGAACCUCCAGUAAUGUCUGUUUUUGCUAAGGAUCCAAGGAUUGCAUCAUAUUUGGGAACGUGUACCGAUUUUGCGACGUCUAUUUCAUUUACCAUGGUUGAUUCAGAAUCCUAUCGUAAAUUCAGCAAUGACAUUUUGUCUCGGUUUCAGGUGAACUUGAGAGAAUUGUCAACAGGUUCGCUUUCAGCACCAAUCUCGGUCCACGAGCUACGAGAAAUGGGGUUUGAUGGUUAUUUGGUAGACUUUUUAAGCGGUAAUAAAGAUGUGUUAAUGAUGCUUUGCCAGCAACAUCGAAUACAUGCCAUUCCUGUUACUAAGAAGGAGCUAUCAUCUGAAAUGAUGGACUUCUUGAAGACCCCUGACGAAAGAGGUAAUUUAAAGUUCAGAAGGGUAAUUGCUGGUAACUACAUCUAUGACUUCAAAAGAUCUUCAUACGGUGCACGGCAAAUAUUCUCAACUGACUUUAAAGCGCGACCAUCACAGUUCUAUCAGGGGGCUGUUUUAUCUGAAGAAAGAAAAGCAGAGAUCAAUGAUGAGAUCAAUCGACUAAAGGAAGACUACAGAACGAAAAAUGCGCAACUGCAGGACAUCAUGAAGUCUAUAGCAGAUAAAAAACAGGUGAUCCAAACUGAUAAAGAAGAGGAUAAACGAAUACGGAACAUGGCGUCCAAAUUAAACGCUCAGCGGGUAUUGCAUAGUAAAACUGAGCAAAUCGUGAAAACAUUAGAAGAAAAGUUGGCAAAAUUGAAAAGGGAGUCUAGAAAAGAUGUUUCCGAUAAAAUAAAAGAAUGCGAAGAACAAGUAAAAAAGCUAAUCGAGAAGGAGGCAAAGUAUUUGUCGAAGAUAGUCGACUUCAUAAGUGCUCUUCAAGACGUUGAAGAGAAGGCUAUGUUUAGUGCAAUGGAAUACUUAGAAGCACUGAAUAACCAAAGAUCCAUGAAUGAGGUUAUAGGCUUCUUUAAUGAAAAAGAAGAGCGAUUAAGAUAUGCUUACGAGGAAGCAAAAUCAGCUUAUGUUGCAUCAAAGGAUACAGCGGAGUAUAAGCAUUGGAUGGAAGUUAUCACAUCUUAUACUGAUCAAGAGAAAAAAGAAUUAGCCGAAUUAGCAGAAGGAUAUCAAAACAAAGAGAUUUUUGAUCUACAGCAUAUUUUGCAAGUCGUCGAUAGAUUGAACUCCGAAAUCGGGAUGGCUAACCAAGAUGAAUCUGUGCUCGAAAUUUUACGCCAGACAGAGCGGGAGCUCAGUCUCUUGAAUAAUUCUUUGCCACAAAAAUUAGCAGCUCUAGAGGAGAUGAAGAGCAAUAUGCUAGUCAAGAGGCAAUUUCUGGAGCCGAGAUUAGACGAUGUAGUUUCUAAAAUUUCGAAAAAGUUCGCUCGACUUUUCAUGAAUGUUGGCAGUGCGGGUGCUGUGCAUUUAGAAAAGCCGACGCUUUUCUCUGAAUGGAGAAUUGAAAUCAUGGUGAAAUUUAGAGAUAAUGCAACACUCAAACGACUCGAUUCUCACACACAAUCUGGUGGCGAGAGAGCGGUUUCUACUGUUUUAUACAUGAUCGCGUUACAAGAGUUCACGUCUGCUCCAUUUCGCGUGGUUGAUGAGAUAAACCAGGGUAUGGACUCUAGAAAUGAGCGUAUAGUACAUAAGGCGAUGGUGGAAAAUGCUUGCGUCGAAAAUACCUCACAGUACAUUCUGAUUACACCCAAGCUGUUAACGGGGCUAUAUUAUCAUGAGAAAAUGAGAAUACACUGUGUUAUGGCUGGAGCAUGGAUACCCAACCCUCUUGAAGAUCCUCAAAAGGUUCACUUUGGUCAAACAUCUAGUUACAUAUUUUAA